AUGGCUCCAGUUUACUUGUCAAGCAAGUUCAACAAUGGUGAAAGUAGUCUUGAAACAGUCAAUGGUCUUGAUCUUAGUCCUACAGCUAUGGCUUCUUGUCGCUACCCCUUUACGUCCCUGUUGGAUAAACAUAUCACUUCCAAUAUGAUCAUCCCUUUCUCCGAUCGUGAAUCCAGAGAUCAUAAGAGGCUCAAAAGAACACCGAGUAUACCAGAUCAUAUUGAGAGUAAUUGGAGUACUUAUAGUGGUGGAAGCAAUAAUAAUAGCAAUAGCUGCGAUGGCAGUCGAAUCAGCCUGCGAAAGCUGCAAUUUAGGGAUCAUAUAUGGACCUAUACACAGAGAUAUUUAGCGGCAGAGGUAGAGGUAGAGGCAGAGGCAGAGGAGGAAGCAGCAGCUGCGGCUAUUAGUGCCAAUUCUGCUGAAGAAGAUGGGAUUGCAGAUGGUAUGAGACUUGUUCAGCUUCUCAUAUCUUGUGCCGAGGCUGUGGGUUGUCGCGACAAGUCACACGCCUCGGCACUACUAUCUGAACUACGAUCCAACGCGCUGGUAUUUGGCUCUUCGUUCCAGCGCGUCACCUCAUGUUUUGUCCAAGGCCUAUCUGACCGUCUCUCGCUGGUUCAACUGCUUGGGACUGUCGGUUUUGUUGCACCAACGAUGAACUAUAUGGACGCUGCGCUGGACAAAAAAGAAGCAGCCUUACACCUUGUUUAUGAACUUUGUCCACAUAUUCAGUUUGGUCACUUUGUGGCAAAUUCAUCGAUAUUGGAAGCCUUUGAGGGAAAGAGUAACGUUCAUGUGGUAGACUUGGGCAUGAGCCUUGGUCUAUCACACGGACACCAGUGGCGCCAGUUGAUUCGCAGCCUCGCUGACCGUCCUGGCCAACCACUUGAACGCCUAAGAAUCACCACCGUUGGACUAUUCGUCGAAAAAUUCCAAAGCAUUGGGGAUGAGUUGGAGGAAUAUGCUAAGGAUUUGGGUUUAACUUUGGAGUUCUCGGUGGUCGAAAGCGACCUUGAAAAUCUUAGGCCUGAAGACAUCAAAAGAUAUGAUGGCGAAGUACUUGUUGUCAACAGUAUUCUUCAACUUCACCGGGUUGUUAAGGAAAGCAGAGGAGCUUUAAAUUCUGUUUUGCAGAUCAUUCAUGAGCUUUCACCCAAGACUCUGGUGCUAGUUGAGCAGGAUUCAAGCCAUAAUGGGCCAUUUUUUCUUGGGAGGUUUAUGGAAGCAUUGCACUAUUACUCUGCAAUCUUCGAUUCACUUGAUGCAAUGCUGCCCAAAUAUGACACAAGGAGAGCCAAGAUGGAGCAAUUUUACUUUGCAGAAGAGAUCAAGAACAUUGUGAGCUGUGAAGGCCCAGCUAGAGUUGAGAGACACGAGAGGCUGGAUCAGUGGCGCAGGAGGAUGAGCCGUGCUGGGUUUCAAGUUGCACCUAUCAAGAUGGCGGCUCAGGCCAAGCAGUGGCUUGGGAAAAAUAAGGUCUGUGAAGGGUACACUGUUGUGGAAGAGAAAGGUUGCUUGGUUCUUGGUUGGAAAUCAAAGCCAAUCAUUGCAAUCUCAUGCUGGAAGUGCUAGCUUUCAGCAUUCAAAUUUGCAGUUUCAAUUCAAUAAAUUGAACCAGGUUUGUGGAAAACUGGUUGGUUCUGUGUGUGAUCAAUAAUAUGUAUCUGAAGUGUUCUUCAGAUUUACUGUGUCAGUCUGCGCAUAUCAGGCAAAUGACAAUUUGGGUUUGAGAAUUAAUGGUUUGUUUUCAGUUUAAACAUCAUCUGUUCUGGUUAUUGAACAGCUUGGAAUAAAGAAAUUGUACUGGUAUUUUUCUUGUUCAUAUGGCUCUGUUUUUCUAUUGUAAAUAUAAACAUUCCUUGAUUCUUUCUUCACCUAAAAUCGACAAUGUAACUUGCUCACUCUUGUUGAAAUUACUAAGUAACUGGUGAUUGUCAUGUAUGAUCAGUCAUCACUAUUCUAUAACCUAGGAAACAAACCAAGAACAAGAACCCAGAACCCAAAAUAAUAAUUAAUAAAGGAGCGUGCAAACAAACAAAACAGAAUCAAUAGGGCAGAAACAUGAAGGGAUAUUUGUGUGUAACUUCACUAUGAAAGAAACUUUUUUAGUCACUGACCUGUGGAGAGAGGGACGGGUAGAGAGAGAGGGAGGGAGAUGGAAGCUGUAGGCGUG